AUGUCUGAUGAACUAAAUCAUCUUUUAGAAAACGUUCUCUUGGAUACUGGAGGAUUGGGAUGCUUCCAGUUUAUCAUUAUUGCUGUUAUUAAUCUUGUUAAAUUUCCGAUCACGUGGUCUGUGCUGAUGAUGACGUUUGGGGGCGCCACUCCUGAUUGGUGGUGUGACGACUAUAGAAACUCUUCAAUGUUAGAGGAAGAUAAAGAUGCUGGUAACGAGUCUGUCACUUCGUUCUUAUUCAAAAAGUGCAGUGUGAACGGUUCUGACGCGUGUAGGGAUGUGCAUUUUGAUUCCGAUAUGAACACGAUUAUUAGCGAGUGGCGACUUAUCUGCGGAGAAAGCUGGGUGCCUGGAAUCGUCAUAAGUAUUCAGAUGGCGGGGCUGUUUAUAAGCGGGUACCUGUCUGGUCAGCUGUCCGACAUGUUUGGAAGAAGACUGAUUAUCUUCAUAUCCAUUCUUCUAAACGCGGUGGCCAAUUUCGUAGCCGCCUUCUCCACUUCUUGGCAGAUGUUUGCCAGCCUAAGAUUCGUUAUCGGCAUAUCUUCCGGUUUAUAUUUAGCCAUUUAUAUGACGUAUAUCAUUGAGUUCACGCCCAUGAAAUCCCGCCCAAUGAUCCAGGCUAUCCCCUCCUGGUCUCUAGCUGCCGCUUUCUAUGGGCUUCUGGCCUGGUUGCUCCCUGACUGGCGGUAUAUACAGAUAGUGACGGGGGCUGUCUCGGUGCCUUUUUUCGCCUGUUGGUUCAUUGUUCCAGAAAGUUUUCGCUGGUUAGUCUCCCACAAAAAGAUGGACGAGGCAAAGAAAGUCGUAGAUAGAAUCUCCAAAUUAAACAAAGUAUCGACUCCUAGCCUCCAGGAAGUAGAGGGCGCUCUGGAGAAGUCCAAUAUCAUGGACCGGAAGUACACAGUGGUCGAUAUUUGUAAACACGGGUAUCUGCUGAAAAGGGCGGUUAUUGUUUCUUUUGCAUGGAUGGCGAUGGCCUAUACAUAUUAUGGGAUUUCUUUUGGUGUUGACAAAUUGUCCGGAAGUCUGUAUAUCAACAUAUUUGUUCUCAGCUUCUUGGAAAUUCCUGGGGCUUUUCUUGCAUGGUAUUUCAUGAAAAGGAUAGGGCGGAGGUGGGCCUACAUGAUAUUUAGUUUACUGUCAGCAGCCGGGGGCAUUGCCGUGGGAUUGGCGAAAAAUUUUGAUUUUAACAAUAGUUGGGCUGUUAUCAAUGGAUUCGCCUUUGUGGCUAAGCUGGGUUGUGCGGCUGGGUGGUCUUGUUUGUUUAUCAUCACCACAGAGUGCUACCCAACUGUACUAAGAACCACUGGGUACGGAUUAGCAAGCUCCUUGUGUAGGAUCGGUCCUAUUCUGGCUCCGUUAGCUCUCAGCACAAGCGACACCUACAAGGGCUUCCUGUACUUCACUUGUGGAGUUGUGACGUGUAUUUCCGGUUUGUCUAUUUUCUGUAUCCAUGAGACAAAGGACCGUGCGCUAGAGGAUCUGAUAGGGACGGAUCGAAUGGAAGUGUCACUCAAAGUGACCGACAGUGGGAUACAAAUUACAAAUGACAAUACUGUUGACAAAAAAUAAAACUCAAAAGUAAUAUUAGUGUUUAGUUACAUAGGCUUAUAAUAAUUAUGUACUGUGAUCAAGAAAGAAUA